UAUCAAUAUUCUGUCUUAUCGUCAUAAUGUCGAGCUUUCUGUUAAUCCUACUAUCGUGGCAAGCCAUAUUGUCAUAUGGCCAUCCUCAACAUACUCUUGGGGUCCGUAAAGUCAGGGGCGAUGGGGAUCCCGGUGAGCCCCUAUUUUUGACACCAUUAAUCAAAAAAGGCGAUAUCAAGAAAGCCAGGCAUCUAGCUAGAGUAAACCUCAACGACAGUUUACCAAUCGAGAGCUACACGGGAUUCUUCACCGUCAAUAAGGCUUACGGCUCCAACCAGUUCUUCUGGUACUUCCCCAGCAUGUUUCCAGACAAGGAUCAGGCCCCAGUACUCGUGUGGCUUCAGGGCGGCCCGGGCGGGUCUUCGCUGUUCGGCUUAUUUUGCGAAAACGGCCCCAUCACAGAAGAAAACGGACAAUUUGUACCCAGACGAUACCACUGGGCUCUGAACCACCACGUGAUCUACAUCGACAACCCCGUGGGCGCGGGGUUCAGCUUCACAAACGACACUAACGGAUACUGCACAGACGAGACGCAAGUCGGCGAACAACUCUAUUCCACCAUCACUCAGUUCUUCCAACUCUUCCCGGAGCUGCAGAAAAACGAUUUCUUCAUCACUGGCGAAUCUUACGCAGGAAAGUACGUCCCGGCUUUCGCUCACACGAUCCACAAAAAGAACUCAAAUGCGAAGACUAAAAUAAACCUUAAAGGGCUCAUUAUUGGCGGUGCUUAUAUAAAUCCUGAGAGUCAGGAUAAUUUCAGAUUAGAUUCAGAAGACAAACCAAUUUCUAUGAAACCAGGGAAAUGCGAUCCGAAUACAAUCGAAGUUCGGAAAGCUAUCCAUGUUGGAACAUUAUCAUAUGACGAGUUGAGUGAUACAGUGUAUGAAUAUUUGAGUAAAGACGUGUCACGGUCUAUGGCGCCUUGGCUGUCGGAAUUACUAGACCACUAUCCGGUGACCCUUUACGGCGGAGAAGACGACCAUACAGUAGCUUACGCCGGAAUUGUUGAUUUUUUGAGAAAUCACUUUAAUUUUACGGGUGAAGAUGAAUACAAGUCAGCGAAGCGGUACUCAUGGAGGGUAGAUGGUGAGUUGGCAGGAUGUGUAAGGAGCGCACGUUUUCUGAAGGACAUUUAUGUGCUAAAAGCUACGCACUACGUACCUGCAGACCAGCCCAAACGUGCCUGGGACAUGAUCACGAGACUCACUCAUGGGAAGGGGUUUGAUAAGAAAGAAAUCUGCCCAGUGUAGCUACCGUUAGCUUU